CGCCGAGGAAGGGAAUUUCGCUGCACCUCCAACCUGCAUCUGCUAUAGAUUAUAGAUCUUCCUAGUACUUUUAUAUACUACUACUUACAUCAUACCUACUACCUAUAUUCUGACUAACAAGAUGGCAACGAACGGUCACACCAAUGGGACGCGUCCUAAGACUGGUAUCAAGGUUGUAAUAGUCGGUGCCGGUUUCGGUGGUUUGGGAGCAGCAGUAGAAUGCCACCGUCAAGGACACGACGUGGUGGUAUAUGAACAGUUCCCCGAGAUCAAGCCGCUGGGCGACAUCAUCUCGUUCGGCCCCAAUGCGGGAAGAAUCUUCUACCGCUGGUCGGGCGGCAAGGUGGCUGACGCCAUGCGACCUCUGGCCAUCGACCUGAGCACGUACGGCUUCAACAUCCACAAGUACGACACGGGCGAGAUCGUCAUCAACCAGCCGACCCCGGAGUACGCCAUUGAUGCGCCCAACUUCAACGGCCACCGAGGAGAGCUGCACGAAGUGGUGUACAACUAUGCCAAGGAUGACCUGAAGAUCCCGAUCCAUCUCGGCAAGAAAGUGUUGUCUUACGACGAAGACGACAAGCAAGCUACCAUCACCUUUGAUAAUGGUGAAAAGGUUUCUGGCGAUGUAGUCAUCGCUUCGGAUGGAGUACGGUCCAGGGCACGGAAGUCUGUUCUAGGCCACGAUGAUAAGCCUAAGAGCAGCGGAUAUGCUAUCUGGCGAUCAUGGUUCUCCAACAAAGACAUGAUCGAGGACCCUGAAACCAAGCACUUCUGCACCAACGGCGACACCUUCAACGGCUGGAUCGGGCCUGACAUGCACUUCCUCUUCACCACGAUCAAGAACGGCUCCGACUGCUCGUGGGUGCUAACCCACCGCGACGAGCACGACAUCGACGAGUCCUGGAGCUUCCCCGGAAAGCUCUCCGAGGUCAAGGAGGCCCUCAAGGACUGGGACCCGCUAUGCACGCGCAUCAUCUCCAAGACCCCCGAGGAGAACCUCGUCGACUGGAAGCUCGUCUACCGCGACCCGCUGCCCACGUGGGUCAGCCCCGCCGGCCGCAUCCUGCUGCUGGGCGACUCCGCGCACCCGUUCCUGCCGACCAGCGCGCAGGGCGCGGCGCAGGCGGUCGAGGACGGCGUCUCCAUCGCCGUGUGCCUGCGCCGCGGCGGCAAAGACAACCUGCCCACGGCCGUGAGGGCGCACGAGAAGAUCCGGUACGAGCGCGUGCGGCAGAUACAGAAGACGGGCGAGACGACGCGCGAGAUGUGGCACAAGACGGACUGGUCCAAGGUCAAGGACAGCCCCGAGAGCAUCCAGCUGCCCCGGCCGUCGUGGAUCAUGGACUUCGAUACCGAGAAGAAUGCGGAGGAGACGUACGAUCAGGCCGUCAAGGAGGUGCUUGCUAAGCAGCAGUAGGGUGGUGUUGUAAGUGUAGGGACAGGGACAGGGAAGGAAGGGUAGGAUAGGGUUGUUUAGUAUAGAAUAGAAUACAAGUUUGCAUACCCC